GGCGGCGCUUUGGCUCUUCGCGCCGUAGUUGGGGGGCGACGUGGGGGGGGGGCGGAGACCACAGCUCAGUCGGCCAUGGAGGGCUCCUUCGUGCAGCACAGUGUGCGGGUCCUGCAGGAGCUCAACAGGCAGCGGGAGAGCGGGCGCUUCUGUGAUGCCACCCUGGCAGUGGGCAGCUUGGUGUUCAAAGCGCACUGGAGCGUCCUGGCGUGCUGCAGCUCCUUCUUCCAGAGCGUGUACGACGGCGCUUCCCGCAAGAUCAUCCUCCCGGAGACCUUUGUGGAGAUCUUCGCGCUGCUCCUCGACUUCUUCUAUACGGGGCACUUGGCCGUCACCCCGGACAACUGGGGGAAGCUCCUGGAGGCUGCCAAGGAGCUCCGUGUCCCCGAGGCGGUCCGGCUGUGCCAGGAAUUCCGGCCCGGACGCUUGGACGACGGGGAUCAGAACGGGCAGCUUUCCCUCGGGAAGGACCUUGGCGUCUGCUCCAGAGCCCUGGCAGACGUGCCGGGAGAACCUGCCCUGGACGCCGUGCCCCAAAGUGACUCGGUCCCGGCAGCCCGCGAGAGCCCCUGCGCCCGGGGGAGCAAAGUGGCCCAGGGGCAAAACAGGAGCCCCUGUCCCUCCCGGGGAAGGUUGAAAAGGCCUCCCAAAACAAACGCACUGAGCCCCGCAGGUGACGCAGAGAGCACCCUGGAAUGUAAGGAACUAAGCAGGCCACUGAAAAGAGGAGCCGGCGAGGACGCGGGCGCCAGCACUGAGGAAUCGCAGGAGGUUUUGGGGUCAAAUGACCCUUCUGCUGAAGACGACGGAGGAGGGAUAGAAAACGAGGAAACGGAUGAGGAUUUCGUCCCCGAGAAGAAGAGCGUGAGGGCCAAACGCAGGGCUCACUUGGCCCGGAAGCCCACCGGCCCCAAGGCUGCCGGGAAUGGCGGCAGCCUACUGGAAGCCGGAGCCCGAGGAGCGACCGGGCCGGUCCAGUGCCCCACCUGCCACAAGUCGUUUCUCAGCAAAUAUUACCUCAAAGUGCACAACAGGAAACACACUGGAGAGAAGCCCUUUGAAUGCUCCAAGUGUGGGAAAUGCUACUUCCGGAAGGAAAACCUUUUGGAGCACGAAGCCCGGAACUGCCUGAGCCGUUCGGAGCAGGUUUUCACCUGUUCGGUCUGCCAGCAGAUGUUUAAGAGGCGCAUGGAGCUGCGGCUGCACAUGGUGUCCCACACGGGAGAGAUGCCUUACAAGUGCUCGUCCUGCAUACAGCAGUUCAUGCAGAAGAAGGACCUGCAGAGCCACUUGAUAAAGCUCCACGGAGCCCCCAAGCCGCACGCGUGCCCCGCCUGCUCCAAGUGCUUCCUGUCCCGGACGGAGCUGCACCUCCACGAGGCCUUCAAGCACCGGGGGGAGAAACUCUUCGUCUGCGAGGAGUGCGGCCACAGGGCCUCGAGCCGCAACGGCUUGCAGAUGCACGUCAAAGCCAAGCACAGGAACGAGCGGCCCUACGUGUGCGAGUUCUGCCAGCACGCCUUCACCCAGAAGGCCAACCUCAACAUGCACCUUCGGACCCACACCGGAGAGAAGCCCUUCCAGUGCCACCUCUGCGGCAAAACCUUCCGCACGCAAGCCAGCCUGGACAAGCACAACCGGACCCACACAGGGGAGCGCCCCUUCAGCUGCGAGUUCUGCGACCAGCGCUUCACCGAGCGAGGCCCGCUGCUGAGGCACGUGGCCAGCCGGCACCAGGAGGGGAGGCCCCACUUCUGCCAGAUCUGUGGGAAAACAUUCAAAGCCGUGGAGCAGCUGCGUGUCCACGUCCGCAGGCACAAAGGGGUGAGGAAGUUCGAAUGCAUGGAGUGUGGCUACAAAUUCACGCGGCAGGCCCAUUUGAGGCGCCACAUGGAAAUCCACGACCGGGUCGAGAACUACACCCCCCGCCAGCGGAAGCUGCGGAACCUGGUGAUCGAGGACGAGAAGGCGGUGGUGGUGGCUCUGCAGGCCCCGCACGCCCUGGAGGUGGGCUCCGCCGAAGUCAUCGUGGAAGCGCUGGCCCCAGGCGCCCUGCGCGAGGAGCUGCCCGGGCAGAGACUCUGUGCGAGCGAGAACUUCACCCCCCCAGACGCCAUCGAGCCGUCGCUCGUCAUCACCAUCCCGGAUGACUGUGAAACGUAGCGUCGUGUCCCUGUUAACGCCCCCCCCCAAUAAAGGUAGGCUGAACCCCGUCA